GAGGAACCGUUGGACAAGACUUCGUCCGACAAAUGCUUAACUAACGAAAAAAUAAUACAUGUCACACUAUUGUGGGCUUCAGCAGCAAGAAACAGAGUUUUCCACUCGACGAUAGCUGCCAGAAGUGGAUCUGACACUUGAUGGUCUUGGUGAAGAUCAGGCUUUUCAGUUGCUGUGGAAGGUGUUUCAGGGAUUUUUGGACGGUGGAACUGUCUUCAUUUGCAUUGCACCCCCUCUCACCCAACAUAAAGUGCUACACUAAAACCCUCUCCAACAGGACCUUAAGAGCUGCAAUGCUCUGCUUGCUAUUAUGGAGUAAGGAAAAAAGAUUAGAAAUAGUGAUUACUGAAAGACAAAAUGAAAGAGAUUCACAGAAGAGGAGAUUUUAAGUGUUCUGCUCUGGAAUGACCUCCCACACACACUGUUUCUAUGGGGAUUUCUGCAUAACGGCACUCUCCUGGAUGGGAGGAAGUGUAUUUCUGAAGCAUCUGAUUGCUCUGCUGUGAUUGGUCAGUAUUUUUCAGCUGCUUUACUGCCAUUGAUCAGAAUGCCUGCGAAGGGGAAGUACCUGCUGAAUGAGCAGGAGCUGAAACAGGAAGCACUAUACAGGAAAUUCUCUGGCAUUAGCCAGUACCAGCCCUUCGUUCUGUUGUUGGGACUGAGCAUGCUCACAUGCGCAACACUGCUAGUGAUCUUCUUCAGCUUGGGACUGAAAGCACAGGAGCAUGCUGCAUUUGUAGGUGUUGUUGGAGGAACGUUCUGCUUGUUCCUGGCUGUGUUUAUUUUAGUGUGUACAGAGACCCUCUCUCAAAGAUGGAGAACUUUGCUCGGUCUGGCUGUGUGGGCUACACACCUCACAAUGGGCUUCACCUUUAUUUUCAGCACAGACCGAAUACAACCAUGGGACCAGGUGCCCUUUUUCCUCUUCAUCAUCAUUACAGUCUACACCAUGCUGCCGUUCCAAAUAAGCUAUGCUGUAACUCUGAGUAUCAUCUCCUCUCUGUCUCACAUCAUUGUUUUGUCAGUGAACCUCAAAGUGAAAAAUCUCUACUCCACACACGUCAUCCUCAAUCAGUUGUUGUCAAAUGCAGUGUUGUUUGUUUGUGGAGGCAUGGUUGGGGCAUUUCAUAAGGUUCAGAUGGAGCAAUUUCUCAGGCAGACAUUUCAGGAUACUCUCCGCUGCCUUGGCAUUCGCAUGAAACUGGAGAUUGAGAAGAGACAGCAGGAAAACCUGUUGCAGUCAGUGCUCCCUGUGUACAUCUCCAUGAAGAUGAAGCUGGCCAUAAUGGAACGCUGCAAGUGUAAGGAAGAACAGCAGCGUAUGGUUCGAGACAACAACUUCCACAGCCUUUAUGUGAAGAGGCAUGAGAACGUCAGUAUCCUGUAUGCCGACAUUGUGGGUUUUACACGUUUGGCCAGUGACUGUUCUCCCAAGGAGCUUGUGAUCAUGCUGAAUGAGCUUUUUGGGAAAUUUGACCAGAUUGCAAAAGAGAACGAGUGUAUGCGAAUAAAAAUUCUUGGUGACUGUUAUUACUGUGUGUCCGGCCUUCCCGUUUCUCUACCAAAACAUGUAAAAAACUGUGUUAAAAUGGGCCUGGACAUGUGUGAAGCUAUCAAGCUGGUGCGUGAGGCAACAGGUGUGGAUAUAAACAUGCGAGUUGGUGUGCACUCCGGAAACGUCCUCUGUGGUGUGAUUGGCUUACGGAAGUGGCAGUUUGAUGUAUGGUCACAUGAUGUCACCUUAGCCAAUCAUAUGGAGUCUGGAGGGUUACCAGGCCGAGUUCACAUCACGGAGGCGACUCUGAAGCACUUGAACAAAGCAUAUGAGGUGGAGGAGGGAAAUGGUCAUCUGAGAGACCCCUACCUUAAAGAGCUCAACAUCAAGACUUACCUGGUCAUAGAUCCAAGGUCAAAAGACCAAUCUCUGAUGGCUUCUAGUGUUACUAAGCCUCGUGUGAGUGACGGUUUGAAGAUGCGAGCGUCUGUGCGUAUGACACGCUUCCUGGAGUCUUGGGGGGCAGUCAAACCUUUCGCCCACCUGCAGAGCCGAGAGGAAUUCAGCACAGAUGCCAUGGUCAAUGGCAAAGGUCGUUGCAAGGACUUCCCUCUUAGAUCAGUAUCGACAAAAAUUACAGAGAGCUUUGAGUCUCUUGAGGAGCCCUUCUCUUUACCUGCCCCUCCCUUGAGCACAUAUAAGAAUAAAUCUCAGAUGACUAAGUUUGACGAAGAACUGCAUGACAAGAUGACUACCACCAUCAACGAUCUGAGCUCAAGCAAGCAGUGGGUGAAGUCUGAAGAGAUCUCAGGCCCCAUGCUGUGGUUUACUAAAAGAGAUCUGGAAAAGCAGUACAGGACUAUAGAGAUGCCAAGCUUUAAAUACUACAUCGGCUGUGCCACGUUCAUCUUCAUCUGUAUCUUUGUCAUCCAGAUGUUUGUUACCAAGCAGCGUAAAGAGCUGGGACUCGCAUUUGCGGUUUUGGGGUGUGUUCUGCUCUUAACCUUGUGCAUCUGUUUUGGAGGUCAUAUUCAGAGAAUGUUUCCCGAGAAGUUGAAGUCAUGUACGUGGCUGUCUGCUCUAUCUGAAGCAGUGGUUAAGAGACCUUUUGUGCGCCUCCCUUUGGCAACUAUUGCUACCAUAGUCAUAGUCAUCAUCGCCAUGUUCAACUUGUAUUUUAAAAAUCCAGGGAAUUUAUGUGACUUGUGGCAAAAUAACAGCAGCAUUCCUGAAUCUUUUGAAAAUGACCUUCCGUAUUUGCCUUACUCUGUGUAUAAUUGUAUACUGGCAUUGAUUGCCUGUGGCGUGUUCUUGAGAGUGAGUUUGGAGCUGAAGGUGGCCUUCCUCUUCAUCAUUUCUACUGUGUACUACAUCAUCAUCUUCUACUCUCAGGAUGAUCUUUUCAGCAGCUACAAUUACCUUCUCUAUGCCAAUCGCAGCUGUGUGGAAGACGAUCUGAUGCUGUAUAAAUCAGGACUGAUGAAGCACCCACAAUACAUGAGCUGCAUCUACAUCACACUCUUCCUCUUUACUAUGCUGCUCAUAUCUCAACAGAAUGAGUACUGCUUUCGUCAGGAUUUCCUGUUGAAGAACAAGAAUCUGGCUGAUAAGGAAGAGGUGGAGCUAUGCGAAAACUUGAACCGUCUUCUUUUGGAGAACGUUCUCCCUGCGCAUGUGGCCGCACUCUUCGUGGGCGAGAACAAAAAGAAUGAGGACCUGUACUAUAAGUCUUAUGACUGUGUAUGCGUGAUGUUUGCCUCUGUGCCGGACUUCAAAGAGUUCUACACAGAGUGUGAUAUCAACAAAGAAGGACUGGAGUGUUUGAGGCUUCUCAAUGAGAUCAUCGCCGACUUUGAUGAGUUGCUGUCAAAGCCCAAAUUUAGUGGUGUGGAGAAGAUUAAAACUAUUGGCAGCACGUACAUGGCUGCUUCAGGACUGAGUGGACCUCCUGAGCAAACCAGCCAGGACCGGGAGAGGCAGCAUGCACAGAUAGGGAACAUGGUGGAGUUUGCCAUCGCUCUGAUUGGCAAGCUGGAUGGCAUCAACAGACAUUCAUUCAACACAUUCAGGCUUCGUGUGGGUAUAAACCAUGGCCCAGUUAUUGCUGGGGUGAUUGGGGCCAGGAAACCACAGUAUGACAUCUGGGGAAACACUGUGAACGUGGCCAGCCGAAUGGAAAGCACUGGGGUAUUGGGCAAAAUACAGGUGACAGAAGAGACAUCAGAUGUCCUGCAGAAGUUGGGUUACUCAUGCGAGUGCCGUGGCCUGAUAAAUGUGAAGGGUAAAGGAGAACUCAAAACCUUCUUUGUGUGCACAGAUUCCAGCAAACAGCAGGGCAUCGGUCUGAGCUGAGACUGAAGCCUUAGUCCUCAGAACCAUUGACACAUUCAUACAUACAUUUAUACAGACCUAAAUGUGAUCUGAUUUUGUUUAGUUUCAUUGCUUCUGGAUAUGUUUCUUUUUAGAGCAUGUCUAAAGAACUGCACAUUCUUUAUUACUCUUAAAUGUUAAAGUGAUUUGACAGCAUUUGGAGACCUGAAACUCUGAGAGGACUAACAUCUUACAACAAACACAUACAGUAAGUAUCUUACCCAAGCACAAUCUGAACUUUGCGAUCCUCUUAUGGGAAAUAGAACGUAGAGAGUGAAAAAACUGAUUCACUGAAGGUCAUUCUCAGGAUUGCUCUUAGAAUUUCUGGGUACUGCUGUCAUUGUUCCCUUGAUCCACUUGGAUUUAGACUGAUUUGGGAUAACUGAGCUGGUCUGCUGGUUUCAGACUUACUGCAGAGGGACCAAUACAUGACCCACACAAAACCACCAUCACAGAUGAGCAGAUGUGAGAAUUUCUAUAAUAAUUUGAAAUCAUGUAACUUAUUAUCAAACUGUCAAUUGUAGAUGCUUUGAGUUUUCCUUAAAACCAACUACAAUGUGUGUCAAAACCGAAUUUUUCACAUUCUGGUCUCUCUCACAUUGAUUUGCUGUUGCCCUUGAGUUUAGUGUAUGUGGAUGUUGGAGGCCUUCCCUAGCUUCAUAAUAUUACAGAUGAAAAGUAUUAAAGAAUGUUUGUCUACAUAAAUAGGAAAUAAUGUACAUUACUGAAGCACAUUUAACUAAGGCAGAACACUUGCAUUGCUUUUCCAUUUAACUGAAAGAAAUCAUCUCUUUAACAAUUUUUUUUCUCAGAUCUUGACUAAAUGGCUCUGUAGGCACUCCCUUCUAAAGUUGUACAUUUGCUGCUUGUUGCACUCACAUUUUGGCAGCAUUGUGCCAUGUGUUUUGAGUCACACAAUUGCUAGUUGAUUUGCUCAACUGUCUGCUUCUGUUCAAUGAGACUGCUUAGUUAAAGUGGGAUGCAUUUGUGUUUGGGUUGUAUUUGCAUCUGAUAAAGCCAUAUGUAUAAAUGUUCAAAUCAGAUGAUAAUCCUACGAGCCUCUUGAUAAGUGAACAUUACAGUAUGACUGAAUUUAUGUACUGGUAAUUGAGAUUAUGUGGUGUCUUUCUGUACCCUGUCUGCAAUGUUGUGAAGAAUAUGCCUUCAAUCGCCUCCAUUUUGUAUGCGUUGUUUCAGAAUAAAUAAUU